AUGGAUACGCUCUAUACGGCAAGACUCCAUGGUUUUCCAAACUUAAGUAAAUCAAACAUGGAGCCAGCAUUUACAGAAGAAAGUUUUUUAUCAUUGCUCAUAGUGCUAGGAAGUAGUGUGUCACUGGUGGCUCUAGUCUUCGCCUUCAUUACUUAUAGCUUAUUUUCUGAUUUGAGGAAUCUCUCUGGAACUACAUUAAUGAAUCUUCUGGCAGCAUUGUUUAUGUCACAGUUGCUGUACGUUAUAGGAGUCGGUGGAGUACCUGACUCCGAAUUAUGCAUAUCUCUGGCAUUUUCAUUGCAGUAUGUGCGGUUGUGCACUUUCUGUUGGAUGUUAAUAAUGACGCAUCAUAUGUAUUCCCAAUUUAGAACUGGACUCCACCUAGUUCCAAUAACGGAUAACAAUAUAACAAGGCAUUUUCUUAGAUAUUCGUUGUUCGGAUGGGGUUUACCCACCGUGCUACUAGGGGCCAGUAUUCUAAUUCAGUAUCAUGACAAGGCAGGCCGAUUGCUUGACACGGCAUCACUAAAGAGCCAGAACUGUUGGUUUCUGGAUCAGAAUUCAUUUAUAUAUGGUCUGGUCAUCCCUAUUUGUCUAUUGGUGUGCGCCACCUUUGUCUACCUAGUUCGAUCGGCAAUCCUUGCACGAUACAUAAUCAGCAUGCAACCAGAGCGCAGGAUACGUGAGAAAAUGAGACGCAAAAGGACACUCCAGAUCCUCCUAUUUGCGAAGAUAAUCGUAGUGCUUUGCAUUGUGAUGACUUUGGGAAGUCUCAGUAAAAUGAUAAAGAAUGAAUCUAUCUGGAUUGCAUUUCACGUCGCUCAAGGAGUACAAGGAAUUCUUGUUGCAAUGCUUGUUACGUGUAACUGUCAAGUGCUAAAGUUAUACACAAAAAGCAUCAAAUCCAGAGCCGCUAAGCAUGUCCCGAGUUACGUUGGUGGAAACAUAACCACUUCCAGUUUGAGCAAAUCUACAAGCCUGCAACUGCUUACCUGGGAACCAGUUCCUGAUUCUGUAUAAGUAGGUGAAUAAGUAAUACUUGUAUUUUUUGUUUUAUGACAAUAUGUUGACGAGUUAACCUCUAAACGGGUCGAUCUCGUAGAGAAAUAUGUAAAAAUGUAUAAAAUAGUGAUAUUCGUAAAUUAAUC